AUGAAAGCGUACCUAUUAUUGGUUUGGUUGGGGUGUAUAAUGCCCCUUGGGAUCCUUGCACAAGUUAAUGUUGACUGCAAGCCAAAUCUUUCACCGGACGUGUCGGUACCAGUCACCACCAACUCGGUGUUCCUCACACAGCCCAAAUGUUGCUUCGACAGUGUAACUAAUCUCUGUUCUAAUAGCGCAUGUGAUAUAUGGCUGGCAUCUGCACUGGACUCAGCUACCAACACUUUUGAUGCUGAUAAGAACAACACCAACAACUACGAGGUGUGUCCAUGUUCACCCGGUUUCGACAACACCUCGAAGAACUACUUUCUGAUUAAAGCUGGUGCUUACAAGGACUUCCCCUGCGAUUCCAAAAAUCCAAACAUCUUCAAGGUUGGAGGAGAAAGUGUUUGUCCUUCCUCGACCUGCACCGGGGUGUUACCUGAAGGCAAUCAGGUCUGUGUAAAAAUGUCAUACAUCCACUGUUGUUUGUCGUAUUUACGACUGAUCUCUUGUUGUUUUUACAGAUACAAGUACCUUCUUGUUGAUCCAGUAUCCAAAAAGCCUGUUGCAGAGACGGCCUGGUCUUCCAGCACUCUUCUCAAAACCGUGAAAGAUCCUAGCACUAUUGGCAGCGGGUAUGCAGGACGAUCUGCUGCCAUGGUAGUCAUCACGUCCAUCCUCAGUGCGGUUGCAGGUCUGCUUUUGGUGGGUCUGCUCGGGGCACUGAUUUAUACAUGCUGCUGCCGCGGUGGCAAAGCACAGAACUACACUACCAGAACUACCAAACCUACAAAACGUCAACCUUCACUCAUAGGAUCCCUGCGCAUCCCCACCUACGACGUACACCACCUGAAAAACCCAUCUCCAUAUGACAACCCAGCCUACGAGCGAGACACCAAGAGGUACACCACAUCAACCACUCUGCCCAAGGGAGCAGCCACCACCAUAAUCCAACCCAGUUCCCCAGAAAACAUCAGACUGCAAAACCUGGGAGAUAUGACCUUCCAAACGGAUGACUAUACCGUACAUCAUGUUUAUAAAUGAGUAGUUUGGUCAGGUAU